GUUUCGAGUGCAUUAUCACCAAUUACACCAGACCCGGCACAUUCGGACUCGAAACUUGCUUCACUUUCGUCAUGGUCCAAAAGAAUUCCCUGCUGAUGGUUUUGACACAAUGAGUGUGAUUCAUUGACUUGACGUACAACGUUAUCUGAUCUGCACUGACUGAGUUCAACUCCACUGCACCGCAUUGUGUAUUUACAGGAGAGGAUUUCUCUCAACAGUGUACCUCCAGCGUGUAUUAAUAAUCACGCAUGGACCUUAAGGACACAAAGCAGAACCACCGUACACAGGGCAUAAUGGCAGCAAUGUUACGCCGCUCAGGACGCUCUUCGUCGCCACGAGUCAAGCCGUACGACUACGGUGCGUGUCCGUCAGAGCCAACCGCUCAGGAUAAGUAUUUUUACACAGCGGACGGAAGUAGAGAUCCUAUUACUAACCAAGCGGAUGAGGAGUCUACAGUGUACGUUUACCCCCCGAAGAACAUCAAGGCUCUGCGCUUUGAUGCUGCAAAAUGGCAGAACACACCACGGCCACGAAACUACCACGGUAUUUGGCCGCCAACAUGCGCGUCGCAGUUGAUGAAUACUCGCAUGUUGCUCCAUGAUGACAGCGAGUCUCGAGAAGCUAAGCAGUUUCGCAAGACAAAUGGCGAGCAGGCUUUCCAUGAGUGUUUAGGUAAGUUUUGCUGGCAGCAAACGGAUUUACCUGAUGGCAUCUUCUGCGUAGAAGAGAACUGCAAUCAUACCGUCAAGGAGUGGCUCACAGGUGCUGCCAGCUGGGAAGAGCGCUUCGAAUUCCAGACGCUUCCUCAUAUGGGGCAUGGUUUGUUCUCGAAAUGCAACUGGAAGAAGGGCAACAUUCUGGGUGCGUAUCUCGGCGAACUCAUUCCUUCCCGUACCAGUAACACAGAAUACUGCCAUGAGGUCUUCAUUGGCCCGGAGUUCGAGAAGACGGGUGCAUCGAUUGCAUAUAUCGAUGCUGAGCGCUGCGGAAACUACGUACGGUUUUGCAAUCACAGCUGUGAGAACAACGCGAACAUCUCCGAGGAGAGAGUAGGGGAGGAGAGGGUGCUUGUGCUUAGAGCAACUAAACGCAUCGCCGCAGGUGAGCAAGUCACUAUCGACUAUGGAACGGACUUCUUUCGGGGUGGACAAUGUCUGUUUAAGCGAUAG